UUCGCUUGAUUUUACGUGCCGGUCGCCUCCUUAUACAGUAGCGCUGUCACGAGAAGAACAGAUUAUAAGUUAUUUUAAAAUCAAGACAUUGAAAGCACUCAGAUUCGUAUUAAAAUAUAAAAAAAAUAACAGAUUAACCCCCAAAGAAGUUGAAACCAACGCAAUCAAAACUCUUUCGUGCAACUUUGUAGUUAUCAAUAGUCAGAUAUCGUAGGCAAAAUAUCAGCUAUGGGUAGGAGCAGUUCCUCAGGCGAUCGCCUUUUCUUGAUUUUAAAAUAAUUUAUAAUCUGUUCUUAACGCCAGUUUUCUUCCGACCAGCACACGUGUUUUUUUAAUGAACCUUUCAAGAAGAAAUGAAUGAAUCUGGCAACGCCGACAAAAUUUGGAGGAGUUUUCGCAUAGAAAGUAGCCUGUUGUAGCAAUAAUUAUAUGUUAAUUUUUUCAUUAAAUUAUGGAUCAUCCACACUUUUUUUUGGCUUGAAAUACUUAUUUCGAUGUAUGCUUUCGAGUGAUAUAAAAAAAAGUACAAAAUUCGGAGGGUGUUAUAUCUGACAAGCACCUCAAUUCCAGAUAGAGAAAUAUAAAAUAAAAAAAAAUAUUUUAGUUACUUUAUGUCCCAGUUUUAAUUUUGGCGUGAAACUAUAUGGAAACAUGAUGGAAACUAUGGCGUGAAAUAAAAGGAAAAGGCUUUUUAUGUCUGCUAUACGGGAGGAGGCAGUAACGGAGGCACUCUCCCUGAAAAAAGAAACAUAAAAAAAGGUGAGAAAGCAAUAAAAAUACAGCUGAAAGCCUUUUUUUUCUGUUUAUUCCCGUCAAUGUGUCCUAGUUAAAUUUCUGCAAGUUAGAGCCAGUAUUUAUUAUCAGAUCUAUGUUAUAGAGCUAUCAAUAGGUAAGUUACUCUGGUUUAUUCAUUCUUUCAAACAGAUUCCAGUCUAGGUUAAAUGCUAUAUUAACAGAACUGGUUAAUUUUGGAAAAUUCUCAAUAUGAAACAUUCUAUAUAUGUUUGUGUUCUUUUUGCAUUUUGGUGCUUAGUUCAAGCAGAUAAACCUGCAGACUAUUAUAACCUGUUAAAUAUUCCAAGAGAUGCAACCGUUCAAGAAAUACGUAAAGCAUUUAAAAAUCUAGCUUUAAAAAUGCACCCUGAUAAAAAUAAGGAGGACCCUGAAGCUGAACAAAAAUUUAUCAAAAUUGCCAAAGCCUACGAUGUCUUAAAAGAUCCAACUACAAGAAAACAAUAUGACUUGUAUGGAGAUGAGGAGUUUAAAAACCAAAAAAAUAAAUAUCAUAGCUAUACAUACUACAGGGAUCAUUUUGGAAUAUAUGAUGACGAUCCUUUAAUAACUACUUUGAGUAAGAAUGAUUAUGAGAUUAAUGUUUUGGAUCAAAGCCAAGUGUGGUUUGUAAACUUCUACUCGCCACGUUGUCACCAUUGCCAUGAAAUGGCUCCUAUGUGGAGAAAAUUGGCAACGGAAUUAGAAGGAAUUGUUCGCAUAGCAGCUGUAAAUUGUGAAGAAGACUAUGCUUUAUGUUACCAGCUCAGUAUUGAUGCGUAUCCUAGUUUAUUGUAUUAUGAAAAAGAUUCUCAUUUAUAUGAUGGAGAAAAAUACAGAGGACCUAAGACUUUAGAGGCUCUCAAAAACUAUGUCCUCUCAAAGGUAAAUGUUCAUAUUGAGGAAAUUGAUCCUGACAAAUGGAAUCAGUUGAAAAACAAGGAAUGGGUUAUAUUCUUUUGCUCAACAGUACAUGCGAAAUGUCCAGAUAAAGGAACCAUCAAAGAAGUGGCUGCCUCUUUGGAAGGACUUCUCCCAGUUGGUAUAAUCAGAAAUAUUCGAUUAUGUGAGGAUAUUUUGAAAAAUGAUAAAUGGUAUAGUACUUAUUCAGUAGUUUUCUGGCAAAUAAUUGAUGGUACUUCCAAAAGUCACUUGAUUGAAUAUGGCGAUUCUAAACAAAUACUAAAUCAGAUAUUAAAUAUUCUGCCACAUCCUCCUAGUUUAGACGAAAAUCAGUUCCAAGAUUUGAGGACAAAAUUGCGACUGGGUACUGAAAAGCCCUGGUUAAUUUGCUUCUAUUUGGGCACUGCCAGGGAAUUAGAUUUGGAGUUGAAGAGAUUGCCCAGUAUAAUUCCCACUAUAAAUAUAGGUUUAAUUCAUUGUGGAAAAAGUUCAGCCCUAUGCUCAGCCCUGCACAUAACCAGGUACCCCACCUGGGCCGUGGUCAAAGACGGCGGCGCGUUUGAGAUCCACCAGGGCAGAGACGUGCUGCACGAAAUCGCCGCGUUUGCCAGGGACAGCACCAAAAGCACCAACCUACACGCUUUAAGUCCCUCCGACUUCGAUCAUAUCAAGGACGCGGGUACGCCGUGGUACAUCGAUUGGUACGCGCCCUGGUGUCCUCCCUGCAAAAAACUCACCCCCGAGUUGCGCAGGGCGAGUCAGCACUUUGAACCGGACACGGUCCAGUUCGGAAUGAUCGACUGUACCUUGCACAAUAGUUUUUGCUCCAAGCAGGGAAUUAAUUCUUAUCCGUCUAUGAUACUUUAUAAUAACAGCGUUACUCGCAGGUUUUCAGGUCCCCCAAACGAGGCGGAAAUAGUGGCCUUUAUACAGGACGUUAUAAAGCCGGUGGUGGUGAAUAUCGAUGACGAUAGUUUUGGCCAAUUGGCCAACAAACCCGUCGACGAAUUGUGGAUUGUGAACUAUUUUGCUCCCUGGUGUCGGGCCUGUCACUUGAUGGAAUUGGAGUAUAGAAAUUUUGCUAAAUCAGUGACAGAGUUCAAAGAGAUUAUAGUUGCAAAGGUAAAUUGCGAAACAUACUGGGAAAUCUGCAACAAUCAGCACAUAACUGGAUAUCCAACUGUGAGGCUGUAUCCUAUGGGCAGCAAGGGAUUGAGUUCUGUAGCGAUAUAUAAUGGUGAAAGGAAGGCACCCGCUUUUAAACAAUGGGCCCUAAGUUUUAUUCCUUCUAAAGUGGAAACACUCGAUGAACAUAAGUUUAUAAGAGCGGUUAUAGAUGAGACUAAUCUGCCUUUGCUGGUUGAUUUCUACGCUCCCUGGUGUGUGUUCUGCGUUCACUUCGAGCCCCAAUUUCGGACGGUGGCCCAACAUUUGGACGGCAAAGUCAAAUCGGGCAAGAUUGACUGCGAGAGCAACAGGCUUUUCUGCGGAAAUCAGGGCGUCACUGCCUAUCCCACUGUUAGGCUGUAUUUAGCUCCGGAUAAAUAUUUCACCUUGGAUCAACAAGAUACAAAGAGUAUUAUAAACCAAGUUACUGAACUUUUAGGUAGCAGAGAGAAUGCCCAUGAUGAAUUGUAAUCUAUUAGGGGUAGCGUAAGUGAUGGAAAAGUUAACUUUAUUGUGUGAUGAAAACUAAGAUCUGAUUAUACAUGCGUAACUGUUAUUAUUGUACUGCCAUAUUAUUUAUUUAUACUAUUUUUAUAUAAAUUUACCUAAUAGCAAGUAACAAGAGUUAAUAAAUUACGUUAUCUUUGUGAUUCCUAACAUACCAAAUAUAUUUUCUACUUGUUUGUA